GCCUAAUCCUUGCAUGCAUAAAAAUAUUUCGAAAUUCACGGGUUCGCCUCAUGUUCGGGCGACUCAGAAACCUCGCUCAAUCUGCAUUCGGACUUGCACCUAGUAGGACCCCAGAACCUUCGCCCACUGCCGACGUGGAAGAUCAGGCAACUAUGGUGACUACAAGAGGUGGACGGGCUACCGACAGUCCUGCUAGUGUCACACCGCAGACUGGAUCUCAGCUUAGUAGCGGCUUGAGAAAGAGUAACACCAAGGAAACAGCCGCAAAGAGAAAGCUCGAGGAUGUUGCUUCGCCCGCAAGUUCGGUAAAACGGAGGCGACAACUGCGUGGUUCGGCGUCACAAAGACAUACUGUCGAGCACGUCUUCCAGGAUAUCGUCGAGGACAGCUCACACAUUGGAAAUGACGACAGUGCGACGCCACCUCGCAUGGGACUGAGAGACGACGACCCAGUCCAAGUGACAGAAGAAGACGAGAUCCACAAGAUCGAAGUGGCAGCCAGACGCGAAGCAGAACUUGAGGCUGCCGCCACAGCAAAAGCCGACGCUGCCGAAGAACUACAUCCUGCUGAAGUUGUCAAGUCGGUCGAGAAAUCGACAAGGACGCCCCGUCAAGAAAGAUCAGAAGCUGCAGAGGCUACGAGACUGACUCGAUCGCAUUCACGACCCGCGACUACGCCUACUCGAGAUGCCAAAAAGGCGGUAAAGCAAACCAAGGAGACAAGAGUACCAAUUCGCGCAAAGAUAGACACUUCACAUAUUGUCCCGUUCGAAGAUGAGGCUACACCCAGCGAGAUAGGCAAUACGCCUUCCACGAAGCAAGACGUCAUCGAGAUAUCUUCCGACGACUCCGAUGAUGAGGAUGAAGGCCUGUACGAUCCCCAGGCUUUGGCCCAAGAGUCCAGUCGGGUACCUCAACUCAGCCCCCAAGUCGUGGUGUCCCCGCGUAAGGUCCCACAGGAGACUCCGAAAUUCAUAGAUGAUACUGACGACGACGGCGGAGAAGAGGAAGAGGCAGAAGAUCUAGAGAAUGCUACCCAGCAAGGCAGCUUGGUAGCUGACGCAGCUGGUACAGUACCUGACCGCGUAAAUGAAGCCGAAGUUGGCGCCGAGUUGAAUGACGGGCAGGUAGAAAGCUCAGAAGGAGAAAGCCAUACCAGGAAGACCGAGCCCAUAAUACCGGCGGCGACGGGCAAGGCACCACGACACAAGAUCUUUGAUGAUACUGAUGAUGCUGAUGAUGAGCUCACUUCAAACCUCGAGCGGACCACCUCAAAAGAAGCGAAGACCAUCCCACAAGAUGAUUCCGAGGACGAAUCUUCAAGCGAUGAUGAAGCCCCCGAAACCAUCACAACCAUGGCAGCCCAGUCCCAAGUCGCAAAGGCAGAAGCUGCUGCCACAGAAGCCGCAGAGAAACAAGCUACUGCUGCCAAGCUCAAACGUCAAGCCCGUGACGCUGCUCUCAAGGAGCGUGCACGCAAGAAUCUCAAGGCCUCCACGCGGAUCACAGCUGGCACAUCAACAUCAUCCCUACCUGAUCUCUUACCAGCCCAUAUCCUGGCGACCGAACGCCCGGCCACUCCUGAGCCCGGCUCUGAGGUUCCAGCUGCUCUUACGCUGGAGCAGCAAAAGCGCAACAGACAUCUGAAGUUCAUCGAAGAAGGCGAAAAGAAAGCAAAGGAUGUACGGCGUGGCCCGGUCAAAGUGCGUGUGCUGGAGAAGACAAACAUGCUGCUUGCGCCAAAAGUGCAUAAAGAUACUAAAAACCUGCGGGACUCGUGGUUGAGGGGCAGGGAAGUUGCAAAGACGAAGAGUCAGAGGGUCAAGGGUAACAGUGCGCUCAAGACGCAAAAGAUGCAGAGGAAGGCCAUUGGUGGGAAGAGUUUCCUGCGCCGAUGAGACGCUGGGGUGGUUACGUUGUAGACAGUUCCAAUAAGAAUGAACGAAUGCUACGAUACGUGCA